GAUAUAUCUGUUACGCAUUAUGCUUUCUGGACUGGGAGAGUAUCGCGCAGUCAACAUCAUGAUCACAUUAUCGAACAAAAACCACAAAUCCAAUCCAAGUUUCCAAAAGAAUUUCGGAAUUAAUUAAAAUUGAAGUCCAAGCAAAACCCAAUUUGAUUUCGAGCUGAAUCCGCUAUUUAAGCUGCUAGAUGGGUCUGUGAGCUCUCACCAGAUCAUCACAACCUUCCCUUUCCCUUUCAGCCUAUUUCUCCUCCAAUCAUUACUCCGAUCAUCCUCAGAGACGAUGGAUAUGGCGAUGAGGAGAGCUGCUUCCUCUGCUGUCAGGGCUCUGACUGCUUCAUCAGGGGUCAACUCCUUCAAUCGUCACCUCAGUUCUGCUCCUGAGAGCAAGAAGAUUGUGGGCGUGUUCUACAAGGCCAAUGAGUACGCCUCAAAGAAUCCCAAUUUCGUGGGCUGCGUCGAGAAUGCUCUUGGCAUUCGUGAUUGGCUCGAGUCACAGGGCCAUAAGUACAUCGUCACCGACGACAAAGAGGGAGCCAAUUGCGAGCUCGAGAAGCACAUUCCGGACCUCCAUGUCCUCAUCACCACUCCCUUCCACCCUGCCUACGUAACUGCAGAGAGGAUAAAGAGGGCGAAAAAUCUACAGCUCCUCCUCACUGCUGGGAUCGGGUCCGACCACAUCGACUUAAAAGCCGCUGCAGAAGCUGGACUCACAGUGGCAGAAGUCACUGGAAGCAACGUGGUCUCAGUGGCCGAGGAUGAGCUCAUGAGGAUCCUAAUCCUUGUCCGCAACUUCCUUCCAGGAUACCACCAGGUCAUCAAUGGAGAUUGGAACGUGGCUGGAAUCGCCUAUCGGGCCUAUGAUCUUGAAGGGAAGACUGUUGGAACUGUUGGUGCGGGAAGGAUCGGUAGACUUCUGCUCCAGAGGUUGAAGCCCUUCAAUUGUAACCUCCUUUAUCACGAUCGGCUCAAGAUCAGCCCAGAGUUAGAGAAAGAGACUGGUGCUAAGUUCGAGGAGGAUCUCGACAAGAUGCUUGCUAAGUGUGACAUAAUUGUCGUCAACACCCCUCUUACUGAGAAAACAUGGGGGAUGUUCAACAAGGAGAGAAUCUCUAAGCUGAAGAAGGGAGUCUUAAUCGUGAAUAACGCGAGAGGAGCAAUCAUGGACACGCAAGCAGUUGCUGAUGCUUGUGCCAGCGGACACAUUGCAGGUUAUAGCGGUGAUGUUUGGUACCCGCAACCUGCUCCAAAGGACCAUCCAUGGAGAUACAUGCCGAACCAAGCCAUGACCCCUCAUAUCUCUGGUACCACCAUCGAUGCUCAGCUUCGAUAUGCGGCGGGAGUGAAGGACAUGCUCGAUAGGUACUUCAAAGGUGAUGACUUCCCCGAGCAACAUUACAUCGUCAGGAAGGGCGAGCUUGCCAGUCAAUACCGAUAAACAAACUUCUAGGAUCGUUUGCCGGGACGAGGAAUGUUGCAUCGGGCCUUAAUAUGAGUUAAAAACUGCCAUGUUAGGCUUGUGGUAAUAAAUUGCUCAUAGGCCCCGAGCAAGCAGUUGUUGGCAGUGGUAAUUGUGUAGUUUACUGCUUUUGGUUAUCAUUAUAUUCACCUGUCCUAAAUUUGUGUUCUGUCCAGGCUACACUCGUUCCUUGCCGGCUGUAAUCCUUUGAUCAAAUCUAAUAAAUGGUCAUUUGUUUGAAACA